CGUCCGGGUCCGUCUGUCUGUCCGUCCGUCCGUCUGUCGGUGCGGGGGGAGCCGCGGUACGGCCGUAGCCAUGGCGACGUGAGCCGGAUGCGGGGCCGGGGGAUGCCGCUCCCGCCCGCCCGCCGCAGGGAUGCUGGUGGGACCCUCGUGGGGCGCAGCCCUGCCGCCCCCAGCCAUGCCCGCCGCCCUCCGCCUGCUCUGCGGGGUGGUGGUGCCCGCUGCCCUGCUCUGCUCUGCCCAGCCCCUGCCCCGCCUCGCCUUCCCCAGCGGGGACCCCCGGCGGACCCUCACCCACUUCAGCCAGGACAACGUGUCCCACUACGACAUCUUCCUGCUGGAUGAGAGCGAGGAGCAGCUCUACGUGGGGGCACGCGACUGGCUGCUGGCCCUCGCUGUUGGCACCCCUGGCAGCAUCCGUGCCAAGGCCUCGAUAAGGUGGGGACCCACAGAUGAGAAAAUAUCUGAAUGCGUUUUUAAGAAGAAGAGCGAAGAGACUGAGUGCUUCAACUUCAUCCGAGUCCUGGUGGCCCUGAACCAGACCCACCUCUACGCCUGUGGCACCUACGCCUUCAGCCCUGCGUGCACCUACAUCCACCUGGAAAGCUUCACGCUGGCCAGUGGCAGAGGACAGUCCUUCCUGGACGGGAAGGGCCAGUGCCCCUUCGAUCCCCAGCACACUUACACGGCCCUGCUGGUGGACGGAGAGCUCUAUGCUGGCACCAUGAACAACUUCCAGGGCAACGAGCCCAUCAUCUCCCGCUCGCUGGGCACCCGCACGCUGCUCAAGACAGACGCCUUCCUCCGCUGGCUCUCGGCCGACGCCGCCUUCGUGGCCUCCUUCAGCCUCCCUGGGGACGACAAGGUCUACUUCUUCUUCGAGGAGACAGCAGAUGAGUUUGACUUCUUUGAGAAGCUCCUGGUGCCACGGGUGGCCCGUGUCUGCAAGAGCGAUGUAGGGGGGGACAAGGUGCUGCAGAAGAAGUGGACAACAUUCCUGAAGGCACAGCUGGAGUGCUCCGAGCCCGGCCACUUCCCCUUCAACGUCAUCCACCACGCCUUUGCUCUGCCCCGCCACGACGGCCGCGCUGUUUUCUACGCGGUGUUCACCUCGCAGUGGCAGGCGGGCAGGGCGGGCAGUGCCGCCGUCUGUGCCUACAGUCAGGAGGAUCUGGAGAAGGUCUUCGAGGGCAAGUACAAGGAGCUGAACAAGGAGAGCUCUCGCUGGACAGUCUACAGUGGCCCUGACAUGAGUCCCCGGCCUGGCAGUUGCUCCAUGGGUGCCUCCUCGGACAAAGCCCUCAGCUUCAUGAAGGAUCAUUUCCUGAUGGAUGGGAAGGUGUCACCCCUCCAGGGGAAGCCUCUCCUGGUGAAGUCAGAUGUCACCUACACGCGCAUCACAGUCCAUGAGACCCACGACGUGCUGGGCACCCCGUACCGUGUCAUGUUCCUGGCCACAGACGAGGGUUUCCUGCACAAGGUAGUGGAGCUUGAGGGAGUGGAGGGUGCCCACAUCGUGGAGAGCAUCCAGCUCUUUGCAGCGCCAGAGCCGGUGAAGAACCUGCUGCUGGCACCAGGGAAGGGCAUCCUCUACGUGGGCUACUCCAGAGGCGUCCUGCAGGUCCCGCUGGCCAACUGCAGCCUGCACCGGAGCUGUGCCGAGUGCGUGCUGGCACGGGACCCCUACUGCGCCUGGCACAGCCCCGGGGGCGCCUGCCUGCGUGCCCACCUGGCCACCGACAACAAGAGUGAGUGGCUGCAGGAUGUUGAGAAGGGGAGACCGGACGCCGUGUGCCACCGCGGGAGGAGCGCGGCCAUGCCCCGCUCCUGGGGGGCGCCGGAGGAUCCCGCUGUGCAGGGGCUCAGCCCCCCGCUGAAUGCCGUGGUCCAGCUGCCGUGCCCUCGCCGCUCCGCCCUGGCCACCUACAGCUGGCAGCAGCCUGGCAGUGCCCAGGGGCACACGGUGCUGCAGCCUGACCACACACUGGUGGUCAUCAUGCAGCAGGGAAUGGCCGGCACCUACACCUGCCAGGCCACCGAGAACGGCUACACCUGGACCGUGGCUCGCUACCAGCUCAGGGACUCUGGCGGGGCCCAGCUGGGCGAGGUGGGCUCGCCGCCCCGCUCAUACUGGUCCCAGUUUGUCACGGUGACGGUGCUGCUGGCCGUGACGCUGGCCGGGGCCGCCUGCCUGGCCCUCAUGGCCUACCGGGACCAGCUGAGGGCUCGCAGCAAGGUGAGGGGCUGCAGCACGCCCCACAGCCCCCCGUCACGCCAGAGGGAGAAGGUGCCCCUCAACGGGGGCACCGCGGAGGCCCCGGCACCCGGAGCUGCCACCGAGGAGGAGGAGGAGGAUGAAGGCUCCCAGGCGUGCUGCCUGCAGCUCGGUGGGGACGUGGAUGUGGACAACAACAGGCUGCACGUGCCGGCGGGGGACACGGCGUGACAAUGGCAGCGGGUCAGGGAGACCCUGGGGAGGGGGUGUGGGGAGGGGUGGGACUGUGAAAGGGUUUUUUUUGGUUUUGUUUUUGUUUUAUUUAAUACACUUGUUUUAACCUAAGGCUCGCGUUCUGGGGCUGGGGGUGGAAUGGGACAGGGAGUGGCACAAGGAGAGAGGUCAUGGAUGUGGCACAGAGGAGAAAUGUCACCACGGGGUAGGCAUGGCUGGGAACGGUGGAUGACAGCAGGAAAAAAAAAAAAUAGGUUCCAAAAAAUACCUCAGCAUGGGGUUUUUUGGUUUUGUUUGAUUUAAUACACGUGUUUUAACCUAAGGCUCGCAGUCUGGGGCUGAGGGUGGAAUGGGCCCUGGGAGCAAGGAGUGGGACAAGGGAGAGAGGUCAUGCGGACAUGGGGACAGGCAAAGCAUGUGACACAGAGGAGAAAUGUCACCGUGGGGUGGGCAUGGCUGGGAAUGGUGGAUGCUGACCCCAGGAAAAAACAACAAGUUCCACAAAAACCUCAGCAUGGGCCAAGCUGUGCUGGAUGGGCUCCCUAAUCCAGCCCUGAGGGCACCCACCCUGCACUGCCACCCGCCCCUCACGGUCCCAACCCUGGUGUGCCCCCACUGUCCCUGGCUAUCCCCCCACCCCAUUUCCAGCGUCCUUGAGCUGCCUUUUCAAAGCCAAGCCAGCUGUACA